UCCGCCCUGUGCCGGAAUGGCGGCGCCCUUUGUCCGGUUGUAGGAUCUGCUGCAUAAUGUGAGGGCAGCUGGGCCCCGCGGGAUGGCAGCUAUGGAUUUUCCUCAGCACAGUCAAUUGGUUCUCGAGCAGCUGAACCAACAGAGGCAGCUUGGCUUGCUAUGCGAUUGCACGUUUGUGGUGGAUGGAAUUGAUUUUAAGGCCCACAAGGCAGUGCUGGCAGCCUGUAGCCAGUAUUUUAGAAUGCUCUUUGUGGAACAGAAAGAUGUGGUGCAUCUGGACAUAAGCAAUGCAGCAGGUCUCGGUCAUGUUCUGGAAUUUAUGUACACGGCUCGUCUUAGCCUGACUAGGGAAAACGUGGAGGAUGUACUGGCUGUGGCUGGCUUUUUGCAGAUGCAAGAGAUUGUCAACGCAUGUACAGCUCUGAAAUCUCUCAGCAUUCCAACAGGGAGUGAUUCUAACAGCCUGGGAACUCUCACAGCAAGCCAAGGAGGUCUUCUUCAUAUAGAAGGAAGUUUGUCCGCUCCAGCUGGGGAAGCUGGGGUGAUAGUAGAAGCUAGAGUCACAGUCCCAGCGUCAUUCAAACAUGGAAAGGGAAAUGAAGGAGCCUCAGCAGAGGGCAGCAGUGUGAGCAAAGGAGAUGAAAGUGAGCCGAAAAGAGACAUUCCUGAGGACAGUGACAUGGAGGAGCCAGCACUGGAUGGCUCAGAGCAGGAUGUUACAAACAAGGGGGUGUGUGUCAAAGGAGAGGAUUCUGUGAAUCUCCCCACUUGGCAAGCGUCAUCUGCUCAGGGAAGUCCUCUGGCAGAAAAGCCACAAGAGCAGAAAGAGGUCCAAUCAUCUGAUGCCCAUCCUGGCUUGGAGUUGACUUGUGAGCAAGAUGAAGAUAAUUUGUCUUUACCCGUUGAGCGGCGAUCUCCACGACAAGACAUUUGCCAUGUAGCGAGCAGAGAACAUGAUGAGAUGGACAAUGGAGAGGGGGUAGAUGAGAAUGAAUCUUCUUCCACAAACUCUGAUCAGGCUACCUCAGUGAGGUACCAGCACAUGCGAGUAGCAACAUUUACUUACGGAGAUCGCAGUGAGUCACGGACCUAUGGUUCUACCACCCACAAGUGUCAGUACUGUGGUAAAAUUUUUACGCACACUGGAAACUUCACCAGGCACGUGCGUACCCACACCGGAGAGAAACCCUUCUCGUGCCAAGAGUGUAAGAAAGCCUUCUCCGACCCCGCAGCCUGCAAAGCGCAUGAGAAAACACACAGCCCCUUGAAGCCACAUGGUUGUGAGGAUUGUGGAAAGAGUUAUCGGCUUAUCAGCCUCCUGAACAUGCACAAGAAGCGCCAUUUAGGGGAACCACAAUUCCAGUGCAAGGACUGCAACAAAAUGUUCACCACAUCUGGUAACCUUAAAAGGCAUUACCUGGUCCACAGUGGAGAGAAACCCUAUAUGUGUGAGUACUGCAACCGGCCAUUCUCCGACCCCACCUCGAAGAUGCGCCACUUGGAGACUCAUGACACCAACAAAGAGCACAAGUGUCCUCACUGUGACAAGAAGUUUAACCAACUUGGUAACCUAAAAGCUCACCUAAAGGUCCACAUUGCUGACGGACCCCUGAAGUGUCGAGAGUGUGGAAAGCAGUUUACCACCACAGGAAAUUUGAAGAGACACCUUCGCAUCCACAGUGGGGAGAAACCAUAUGUUUGUAUACACUGCAAGCGUCAGUUUGCUGAUCCUGGUGCGCUACAGCGGCAUAUUCGAACCCACACAGGUGAGAAGCCAUGUCUCUGCAUGAUCUGUGGGAAAGCAUUCACUCAGGCGAGUUCACUGAUUGCCCAUGUCCGUAAACACACGGGAGAGAAACCAUAUGUGUGUGAACGUUGUGGGAAAAGCUUUGUUCAGUCCAGUCAGCUCGCCAAUCACAUUCGCCAUCACGACAACAUCCGGCCUCACAAGUGCAAUGUUUGUGGCAAAGCUUUUGUCAAUGUUGGAGACCUGACCAAACACGUCAUUAUUCACACUGGAGAGAAACCAUACCUGUGCGAUAAGUGUGGGCGUGGCUUUAAUCGCGUGGACAAUUUGCGUUCCCACGUAAGAACAGUGCACAAGGGCAAGGCUGGCAUGAAAUUAAGGGACGAUGAUGAUGAUGAGCUAGAUGACGAUGACGAGCUCAGUAUUGUGACUGUGACAGGUGACAUGGUCGAGCUAGAUGCAGAAGCCCUGGAGGAAGGAGCAGUCACAGAACUGACUGUGGUUCCUGUCACUGACUCUGAGACGGCUGAUGAGACUGAAGCACUUAAAGCAGAGAUCACCAAGGCUGUGAAACAGGUGCAGGAAGCAGAUCCCCACACUCAGAUUCUCUAUGCUUGUGACUCCUGUGGUGAUAAAUUUCUCGACGCCAAUAGCUUAGCCCAACAUGUACGGAUACACACUGCGCAGGCUCUCGUCAUGUUCCAGGCAGACACAGACUUCUAUCAUCAAUACAGCACGCCGGCCACCUGGCAAACGGAACAAGUCAUCCAAUCAAGCGAGCUCCUGUCUGAACAGCAGAAUGCCAUGGAGUGCCAGGGACCUGAAUAAGGCCUUUAUGCUGGAUCCUGCAUUGGAGAACACUGCAGCCCUGAUCAACCAUUGGAACCUUAGAAUACAUUGACAUAUACACCAUGCGUGCAUAGAAAAACUUCAUUUAACUCAUUCAUCACCCUCCGCUGAUUUCUGCUUCUCGCACUAGACAUAUUUUGAGCAAAUCCACAAUCCAGAUGUGUGUGAUGAGAUAUUGGCCUGUACCAGCGCCAUUAUACAUUAAAUCAUUUUCAAUAUG